AAAGACAAUAAUCGAAAACAAAAGAACAAUGCGACAAACGCAGUUUGUGAUCAGUGUUUCUCCUCUUCUCACACGACAGUUGUAGUUGGAUUUAUGCUUUCUUGUGAGGGUGGUUUCUGUUUCUGCCUCUCAGGUAGGCUGUAAGAUACCUCUGUUGACGUGCAUUCAGUUGUCGUUGUUGAGUCGCGAGAGCGAACAAAUCUGUAAAGUUUACCAAACAAGCUUCAAAAACCCUGACUUCGGGCACAUUUCUUCUCAGGUACGAGAAUUCUGGUGUCGUGUUUGGUUUUCAACAUGUCAGAGGACUUGUACAAAGUGUCAGGCGGAAAACUUCAGUUAAAGGGUGCUGGAGGUGACAAGAAGUCAAAAAAGAAGAAGAAGCGAGAAAAAGAGUAUGAAGUAGCUUUGGAAAGGACAUUGAAAGAGGAGGCGAAGAAAGACAAGAAAACACCGGCUCAACGUGCUUUUGAAAGGGCACAGGAACAGCGGAAACAAGAGCUGGCACUAAAGCUCGCCGCUAAGAGCCACAAAGAACGUGUACAGGAAUUCAAUGCGCAGCUAGAUUCAAUGUCUGAGCACUACGAUAUUCCAAAGGUCAGCUGGACCAAGUGACCAGCAACAGCACCUUCACACACAAGUACCCCGAAAUACAUGUGCCGUUCAUGGAAUCUCUCUCUCUCUCUCUCUCUCUCUCUCUCUCUCUCUCUCUCUCUCUCUCUCUCUCUCUCUCUCUCUCUCUCUCUCUCCUUCUUUCCUUCAAUAAUCCGUACAUCGUUGCUCGCGGAUCUGCCCGAAUACAUCCUCGCUCACUUGAAUAUUGUUUCCUGUAAGUUUAAUCUUGUUGCUACUGCUUCAUGUACAUAGCUGGUACUAUGCUUUGAGAGCUGAUCUUGCUUAAACGUUAAUUAUGUCGAUACUUGCUUGCAGAAAACGUCUACCGCUUCCUUUGUAGUACAACGGAAUUUAUCUCUAGAAGCUCUGGUCGUCCGCUCGUACAACUAUUGUAUUACUGUUUUAGGGUGUGUAUAUAGUAACUUACUACCGUUCGAGGAUUGUCCUUUUGUCAUGCUCUGUGAAGACUGUAAAUAAAGAAUAUUGCACGUGUU